AUGAUACGUUUAGCUAAAGAUAUAGCAACCCAUGUUCCUAGUUCAUUAAGAAAGAAAAGAGCAUAUCAAUUAAUAAGGAGAGAAGUUGUUCAUGAACCUCCCGCUGACAGUCCAACAUUUAUUUUAAACGAGGAACAAGAGCAUAUUUAUGAUUUAAUUGUGAAUGAAGGGAAAAGCGUGUUUUACACCGGGGCAGCCGGCACGGGAAAAAGUAAACUUCUUGGGAGAAUAAUCGAAGGACUCCAAUAUAAAUAUGGAAACGCCCCUGUGGCUGUUACCGCACCAACAGGAAUUGCCGCGCUCAACAUAGGCGGCACUACUGUGCACAGAUUUUCUCAAUUUCCCGUCAAUGCGCAAUAUAAAAGUAUUGAGGAAAUCAUAUCAGCAAUUAAAUUUUCCAAACGGCUCUCGACCAGAUGGAAUAGAAUUAGGGCAUUGGUUAUUGACGAAAUAUCUAUGCUUGACGCUAGGUUGUUCGAAAGAUUGGAUGCCGUUGCCAAAUACUUCAAAAAGAAUCAAGAUCCUUUUGGGGGCAUACAGAUUGUAGUCACCGGAGAUUUUUGUCAACUUCCGCCUGUUUCAACCGAAGAUAAGGCUCGUUUUUGCUUUGAAUCACCUAUAUGGUCAGAUUGCAUAAGGCACAAUUAUCAAUUGACCAAAAUUUACCGGCAAAAAAAUGAAGAUUUUCAGAAUAUUUUAAAUGAGUUAAGAAUUGGACAAGUUUCGGAAAAUUCGUUGGAAAUAAUGAAUCAAUUGUCGAGGACGCCUGCAUACCCAGAGGAUGGUGUCAAACCUUCUGAAUUGUACCCAAUUAUCUCCAAGGUAAAUCGCAUAAAUCGAAUAGAAUUAGAUAGGCUUCCACACAAAAAGUACAUUUUUCACGCCGAAGAUUUUGAACCAGAAAACAUAGGCAAGCUUGAUGAACUGGAGAGAAGCAAUUUGGCACCAAAAAAAUUAGAGCUAAAGCUUAAUGCCCAAGUGAUGCUCAUUACGAACUUAUCAGAUGACCUUGUGAAUGGAAGCAAAGGAUAUGUAUGCGGAUAUCAUUCCAUAAAAGAUCAAAUGAAUUAUAAGGAAGAAUUGGAUCAAAUGGAUGUCGACACCAAGUACAUUCUUCCUAUUGUGAGAUUUGACAACGGCUUAAUUAGACCCAUUCCGUAUCUCUCGUGGACAAUAAAUUCGACUGACGAUAAAACUGGGGAAAGUGUUGAAUUAGCGAAACGUGUACAGCUCCCCCUAAUACUGGCUUGGGCGAUAAGUAUCCACAAAAGCCAAGGUCAAUCAUUGGAACGGGUCAAAGUCGAUCUUGAUCGAAUAUUUGAAAGAGGGCAAGCGUAUGUGGCACUUUCCCGGGCGAGGACUAUGGAUUAUCUUCAAGUAUUAAACUUUUCUCGUGAUAAAGUAAUGGCCGAUGAAAAGGUGCUAAAUUUUUAUAGGACUUUGGAGACUGCCAAGACAACCAAUAUCAAAGGAACAACUGCAUGUUAG